UCCUCCGCUGGAGAGAUACUUUUGUGUUGUUGUGUGCCGCUUCCCCUCGUUUCUUUCUGUUUUUAUGCAACUCACUCGAAAGAGCUGCAAACCGAGGUUGCCUGCGUGCCAUUCUUCUAAGCCAAAAACCCGAAAAAUACAACUUACAACUUAAGCAAGAUUACAGCGACUGCUGCUACUGCCACCAGCGUGAUGACGUCCACUAGCAAUCUGGCAGAUGUUGUGCGACACUAUCAGCGCAGCAUCGAACGCCACGGCGAGGAUGAGACACGCCUGCUGCACUGCAUCACAAAGCUGUUCAACCUGCCCAUCACAUUCGAGCACCUGCAGGAAACGGGCAUUGGGAAGACGGUGAAUGCACUGCGCAAGAUUAAUGGCGAGGUCGGCGUUGCUGCCAAAACUCUAGUCACAAAAUGGAAGGCUAUGGUCGCUGCCGAAGAGGAGCCCACAACCGUGCACAGCGGCGGCAACAGCAAUGAGGAGGACUCGGCCAGAUCGAAUGGUCGACGCUCCAGCGAAGAGGAUCAAGAUCAAGAGAACAAGGGCAGCAAUUCCUCUGGCGGCGAAGACGCCCGACACAGACACAAAUCUACGAGGCACGACGAACGUUCCAAGGACAGCGGCGGCGAGCACAAGAGCAAAUCAAGCAACAGCAAAAGUCAUUCAAGAAGCCGAACGGACGGCGAAAAGCGACACAAAAGCAGCAGCCAUGACAAGGUCAAGGCCAGGGAUGGUGCCAGUGACAGGCAUCGAAAGGAGCAGCAGCAAAAAACUAGCAGUAACAGCAGCAGCGGAGAUCACCGCAAACCGAAGUCCGAGUCCUCAACAACAAUAACAACAACAAAGUCCAGCAGCAAUCACAAGAGCAGCACUGAGAGCAGCAGUAAGCAACGGCAUCACAGCAGCAGCAGCCACAACAGAAGUAAGCACAGCAAAUCCAGGCAUGAGCAGAGCAAAGAGCAGCAGCAGGACAAAUCGCAGCACAGCGAACAAAAAGUGUUGGUCAAAGAGAAAUCGGACAAACACAAAUCUUCCUCAUCGUCAGCCAAGUCAUCGUCAUCCAAGCGAACACGCAGUCCAGCGCGACUUGAAGAGGAGUCGCCCAUAAGCAAAAUAUCGAAAACAAAAUCAAAGGCCGAGCCUGUUGAUGAAAAGGCAGAAGAGGCAGCGGAUGAAUUUGACUCGAGCAUGGGAGCCAAUUUUGACGAUGUCCUUGGCAUGCUCAACAUGCCCAUGAGUGGCAAAAAGAGUGUCGGCAAGAUCAAGUCACCAAACAAGCCGGCGACAACAAAAACCGGAUCAUCUACCUCAAGCUCAAGUACAUCCAAACGUACAACAGCAACAACUAUGAACAACAACAACAGCAGCAGCAGCAGGCCAACAACAACAAAGAAACCUGAACUGCUGGCACCAUCGGCUAAACUGGAGCCGCUGGAUCCCAGUAUUGCCCUAGAACUGCCCACAAUAUCAAAUAAUUACAAGCCCAUGCCGCUGAAUCAAACAGUGAUGGAUGUUGUCUUCAAUCAUGGGCUGGGCAACACUGCGCCCAGGGCAUUAAGGAACUUUAAUGAGUCUGAAGCGUUGGCAGCUGGCAUUUCAUCCAAGACAAUGCGAACCAAAAUCUACUCAGGUGUUCGAACUGGACAAAUACUGCAAGUGCCUUCACUGUUUGAUCUAUGCACCCGUGUACUACAAAGGAAUAUUGACGCUCUGGAAUAUACGGGUGGUGUGCCGUUUGACGUUCUGCGGCCAGUGCUGGAGCGUGCCACGCCACAUCAAUUGCUGAAUUUUGAGGAAUACAAUCCGUAUCUGAUGGAGGACAGCGAAGUGCUGUGGCAACAGCAUGUGCAGCGACAUUGUCGUAGUCAGCGCAGGGAGGAAAUGGAAACGUGGCGUGAAAUGUUUUUGCGAUGCGAGGAGGAAAAGGAACGCAAGCUGAGCGUCAUUGCCGAAAGUAUAAAAGCCUCACAGAAGAUCAGCGAGGCGCCUGUGCGCAAAACUCAGUUGGCAUUCGUUGACUCGAUGGUGAAGCCGCCGCGCAGUGUGCAGCGCAAGCAGGAGCAAUAUGGAACCAAGGGCAAGCUAAUUGCCACGCCUGCGGCACGCGUGGCAGCGUUGUCCAGUGUCACACCGAAUGCAGCCAAGGUGGGCGAUGCUCGGCUGCGUGUGCUCAGUGCAGCCCGCGACUCGGCGCAAGUUGCUGCGGCUCCGAUGCGCAACAAGAAGGCACCACUGAUGGCAAAAGCACUGCAAUUGAUACGCGGACGCCACAAGCGCUAAGCGAUGUCAAUCACAAUCGGUUGCAAAUUAUACUCAUUUGUUAAAUAUAACACUAGACUUUGAUCAGAUAGUGUCGCAGUCGAGUCACUAUUCAAAUUCUCGACUGGGACAUAACUAUAUGUACUACAUACCAAUUUAUUUAUUCAUGUUCUGCGCCCAUAUUUAUAUACUAUACAUAAAUUUAGUGCUUAAACUUAAAAGUCGAAUAGUCUAGAGUUCUGGUAGAAAAGAAGAGAAAGAUGGAAUGAAAAGAAAACUUAUCAUUCGAAUUACUGCUCGUUCAAAUAAAUUUGAACAAUUUCUUUCUCCAAUUGAUUAAGUUAUUGCUGCGUUGAUUGUGCAUUAAAAUUGUAAAAUAAUUGAUUGUAUAACCAUAUAAUUUAAGUUAAACCAUGUUCUGUUCCAAUGGGCUGUGCGAGUGUCCAAAAUCAUUGUGAGUACAUUUGAUUAUAUAUAUAUAUAUAUAUACAUAAUAUAUAAUACAUCCACACAAAAACAUAUGCAUAUAUA